AUGAAGGGUAUAGACAAAUAUGGUUCAGAUGCAUUUCAGCAAAUCAAGCAAGAUAUGCAAAGUCUGAGGUCUGUAUCCCAACUAAGAACAAGAUACACGAACUUUUUAGAUCCCACUAUAGACAAAAGUCCAUGGACAAACGAGGAAAAAGAAACACUUGUUCGAUUGUAUAAAGAGAUAGGAAAUCUAAAGGCUGUUCGAGCCAAGAUAAAUAGCAGGCGAAGCAUAAAAGACAUGGGAGUGACAUAUAUCUUUACUCUUGUUUCCAUUGUUUUGCUAUACUUUGGUUCUUUGUACAUUGUAUCAAGGCGACCUUCUAUAGACUAUACUAUUGUUCAAGACGAAGAAGAAGAGGAGAAACCUAUUACUGAAAUUUAUGGUAAAUCUUGUCAAAACAUACUAUCAUCCCUUGCUGCUGCCAGAAAAAACAAGGAAAAGGCCGUUAUUGUUGCACUAGUCAGAAACAGUGAGAUAGGUGCCAUGAGACGUACAAUGAGAGACUUUGAGGAUCGUUUUAACCGAAAAUAUAAUUAUCCUUAUGUAUUUUUAAAUGACGAGCCAUUUAGUGAAGAAUUCAAAGGUGCUGUUUCAGCCAUGACAAAUGCUGAAACUAAAUUUGGACUUGUGCCGGAAAGUAUGUGGUCUGUACCUAAGCACGUCAAUCAGACUGUGAUGAACCAACAAUUAAGUGACUACGCUGCUCGUGGUGUUAUGUAUGGUGGUUCUUUGUCUUACCGUCAUAUGUGUCGAUUCAAUUCUGGAUUCUUUUAUCGUCAUCCUCUUUUAGAUGAAUACGAUUACUAUUGGCGUAUUGAACCUGGUGUUAGUUUCUAUUGUGAUCUUGAUUAUGAUCCUUUCCAUUUCAUGAAAGAAAACGGCAAAGAAUAUGGCUUCACUAUUACUUUGAAGGAAAUACCAGAGACUAUUCCUACCCUAUGGGAACAUACUAUGAAAUUUGCUCAACAACAUGAACUCAAUACGACUCUACUAAGAUUCUUUGGUGACCCUAAACAAGGUUACAAUCUGUGUCACUAUUGGUCUAAUUUCGAAAUUGCUAGCCUGAAUUUAUGGCGAGAUGAACGAUAUCAAGCUUAUUUCGAUUAUUUAGACAAAACAGGCAACUUUUUCUAUGAACGAUGGGGUGAUGCUAUUGUCCAUAGUCUGGCUGCUGGUCUAUUUUUGAACAAGAAUCAAGUCCAUUUCUUUAAUGAUAUUGGAUAUCGUCAUGAUCAUUUCACUCAUUGUAUUAAUGAUGGUGAUCUUGGCAGAUGCAUGUGUCCAGAGAGCUUCCAGAAUGCUGAUACAAUGUGGGGAUCCUGUCUUGCUAGCUGGAAGGAUUACCCUGAAGAAGGUCUUCAAUGGAACUUUAAGGCCAAUGGGAAGCACGAAGGCAAAUUUGAUCAACCUGCUGUGAUUCCUCAUGGUAAUGCUGAUAUAGAAUUACAAUAA